UCCUUAUGCGCUGUGCAUGGUGCUUAGCAUUUAGAAUGAUGGAGAAAAUGUAGGAUACGUGCAUUGAUGGAAAUACGUUUGAGACAUUCAGUGGAAGCCCACCGUUUAUGUAAUCUAUGGUUAAGAACAACCAGUUCUUCUGGUGACCUCUAGGUCACUAAAACAGUUCCAUCAUCUAUAACAAUCAGUUUUCUCAUUCUUAUGUCAAAGUGGUAGGAUGGAUAGCAGUUCAGAUGACCAAGGAAAACGUUCAGGCACACGGGUUUUUAAAAAGAGUUCACCUAAUGGGAAGAUUACAGUGUACUUGGGAAAAAGAGAUUUUAUAGACCACAUUACUCAUGUUGAGCCAAUAGAUGGCGUGGUUCUUGUAGAUCCAGAAUAUGUGAAAAACAGUCUAGUUUUUGGCCAUGUUCUUGCAGCCUUUCGCUACGGUCAUGAAGACUUAGAUGUUUUUGGGCUGAUUUUUAGAAAAGACCUUUAUCUUGCUUCAGAUCAGCUCUAUCCUCCUUUGAUUGAUUCUGAUAGAAAGCAGCCACUGACUCGUCUUCAGGAACGACUCAUCAAAAAGUUGGGGCCAAAUGCAUAUCCAUUUUAUUUUGAGCUUCCACCUCAUUGUCCAGCCUCAGUAACAUUACAGCCUGCAGUAGGUGACACUGGAAAACCAUGUGGUGUUGACUAUGAAAUGAAAGCUUAUAUUGCAGAUACUAUAGAUGAAAAACCACAUAAAAGGAACUGUGUUAGAUUAGCCAUACGGAAGAUAAUGUAUGCACCAAAUAAACAAGGAGAACAGCCAAAUGUUGAAGUCAGUAAGGAAUUCAUGAUGUCUCCUAACAAGUUGCAUCUAGAAGCUUCACUAGACAAAGAGGUUUACCACCAUGGAGAAGAAAUUGCAGUCAAUGUUCAUAUAGCCAACAACUCAAAUAGGACAGUUAAAAAGGUUAAAGUAUCAGUUCGACAGUUUGCUGAUAUCUGUCUAUUUUCUACGGCACAGUACAAGUGUACUGUAGCAUCAGUUGAAAGCGAAGAUGGUUGUCCAGUGGGUCCUGGGUUUACAUUAUCUAAAGUUUACUAUUUAAAGCCACUACUAGCUAAUAACAGAGAUAAACGUGGCCUAGCUUUAGAUGGGCAGUUGAAAGAUGAAGACACAAACCUUGCAUCAUCCACCAUCAUUACAGAUCAUUCUCAAAAGGAAAAAUUGGGAAUUAUUGUGCAGUACAAGGUGAAAGUAAAAUUGUGUUUAGGACCACUUGGAGGUGAUGUAGUCGCAGAACUUCCUUUUAUUCUGAUGCAUGUAAUGCCUGAAAAAGUCAAAGACACACAGCUGAGUCAACAGACUACACCAGAAGGGGAUGAAGAGAAAACUGAUAUUCCUGUUGAUACCAACUUAAUUCAGCUUGAUAUGGAAGGCAUUAACUGCUCAGAUGCUCAAGAUGAUGAUCUCAUUUUUGAAGAUUUUGCAAGAUCAAGACUCAGAAGGGAAACUGAAAACUAAAAAAAAUGUCAAUUCUACUUUUUUUUAACCUUAAUCGGAAGCAUUUGUCUCAGGUUCUUUGUACAAACAAUAAACAAAUUUAAUGAUGUGUGUAAAACUGUUUUAAUUUGUGAAUUGUUGUUUUAAACUGUUUUAUAUAUACAUACAUACAUAUAUAUAUAAGUGUUGUUUCUGAUCUUAAAAUUAUAGGAAAUAUUUUGUAUACAUUGCAAUGAGCUUGAAAUAAGUGUUGAGGUUGUAUUUCCUAUACACCCAAAAACAUUGAGGAAUUGUGCUUGGCUAAACAGCUAACUGUAUCAGUGUAUAUUGAUAAAGGUUAAAUUAUCUGUUGAUGAUCUCUUUGUCUACCUACCCAGAAUUAUUAUUGUGUUGUUGAUUUGUGUAUAGCUAUUGUAUCUGUUGAAUUAGUGGGGCUUAAAUUAACUGUGUACCUAAGAAUAUUGUGAUAUUUGUUGAUAUUAGUUAUAUAUCGGUCGAUAUUGGUGGAAAUUAUGUCACUUAUUGCUGUUUUGUGCACAGCUAGUUGUAUCAGUUUAACUUGUAGAGCUUUAAUUAAACUGUUUUGGUAGUUACUUUAUACACAUAAAUGUAAAAGAACUGAUAUCUCUGUAACUACUUUGUUUACAAGUAGAUCUAUGAGUUUAUACUGGUAGAGCUUGAAGUAAUACUGUGAUGUUUGCCUAGUCUACAUAAUCACAAAAAUUUGGAUAUUUGUUUUUGCUCUGUGCACAGCUAGUUGUAUAGUUCACAUUGGUAGAGUUUGAAUUAACAUUGUUGAUGGUUGUGCCUAUAAACAAAUAAAUUAAAUUUAAAUCUGCAGCUCUUCGGAACUUAGACAUAAAGACUUUGAUAUCAAUUUGACGCAUAUGCCUUCCCUUCUUAGUUGGACAGUGUCUUGGAGACAGAGAGUUAUUCUAGUGCACAGCUUAUGGGGUGAAAGUUAAUUCUGUAUUUCUUGUAGGACACAGUUUAGUGUUAAUCGACCGUCGCCGAUGUUGAUGUUUGAUAUACUGUUAAUUACAUAGCUUUCAACUGUUCUUUAUUUUCUGUGAUGUAGCUUAGUUCAGGUGACUUCCAGUUUAUGCGGUGGUCAGAAUCUCUCAAGUGUAGGAAAAUGACAUUAUGUCCAUUUCUCUCUCUCUCUCAACAUAUUUUGUGUUCUGUGAUUCUUGUGUUUAUAUUUCACCAUGUAAACUUCUUCACACGAGUUGCAUAAAAUUAUAUAGACAUCUGUUUCUAUCUUCUUUUAGGGUGUUUCCCUGGUGGGACAGCUAUAAGUCUAAAGACUUAUAAUGCUGAAAUCUGGAGUUUGACACUCACCCCCCACCCCC